AUGGAAGUUCCUCUUGAGACGAAGUUCUUCCCACAGAGUCAACUAACAGCGGACGAGCAACGACGAUACGUGACGAUUGGAGAACAAAGUGCUACUGCACUUUAUCAUUCCAUGAAGACUCUUGACUGGAAACAAAUGAUGGAAAAGGAUGGAGUCACUUACGCCCAAGCAUAUUACAUUAACGAUGAUAGAAGCAGUCUCACCUUCUCAUCGUCAGCAACUACGACAACAAGCACAUCUCAUGACGAGCCAGAAAUGAACAUGUCCGCGUGUUUCGUAGUCAGCGCAACGGCUUUUGCAGCUGGAACUAUUAGUGAGGUCCUAGAGGCAUUGGCGUCACCUAUCACAGAGGACUAUCGGCGUGUCAUGCAAUUUAUGCAUGGCUCGUGCUUUAUCGAUGGGACAUGCUUGCAUACGAUUGCAAAAGCAAAACCUAACAACUGCUUCAAUACCACUAAGCACAAAUCGCAGAGUUUCACAACCGUUAAAUGGGCAGCUUUUGACGAUGGCAAAGCUUUCAAUACAGCAGAAUUUCCUGCUGGUACCGAUUAUUGCUUCCUCGAGCACUCAGGCAUACAUCGCGGUGAUGGAGUCACCAGUGGUGCCACCAAUGGUAGUGACACUGACCUGUUUGGUUUUAGCAUUCAGGAAUCCAUCGCACGGGAGCAUGAAGUACCGUCACUUGCUGGAAUCGGGCCAGCCCGAGGCCAUUUCCAUCAAGCUGGCAUCCUCGUCUUGCCCACGGACCGCUCCAAUGUGGUACAAAUUACUUCCAUUUUACAAAAGCGCAUGCCGGAAGGCACGGUGGGCGAUGGCAGCGAGACUCCGUCGAGUUUUGGAAAGGUUGGUGUAUUGGCUUUGGCACAGCAAAUGCGCCAGCGAGUGUCAGCAGUCGGAAAGCUGUAUCUCCUGCUGGAGCGCCGUCGGCUUAGCAAGUUAGAGCAUGUGUCACGAUCCGAUUGGGUGCCUGAUAAUGCCCGCAAGGCCUGUGCCGUGUGCGUGAAACCAUUUGCGCUUAGACGGCGUAAGCACCAUUGUCGUCACUGUGGAGAGGUCGUGUGCUCGUCAUGUGCUCCCGCGCGCGAAGUCGACCUCGACGCCGCUAAUUCUCCAUCUAGUACAAAUGUUCGUAUUUGCACAGCAUGCGUGGUCCAGUCACGAACCGAAGUUCAAAGUCAUAGCAAUCGCGACGUAUUUGUGUACUGUCUGAGAGAUACAGGAUCCAUGUCGUUAUCUCGGUCUUCAAGAUAUUCGGCAGGAAGUCUGACGGUUGUCGACAACAACAACGCCGAGCUUGACACUAGGCCAAUAUCGAUGUCAUCAGAAAGCAGCACUUUUUCCAUUUCAAUCGGGUCACAGGUCUUCACUCAACUAACAUGCUUCGGAUACAAAGACGGAUCGAGCAGCUUGUAUGAUGAUGAGAACAAUUAUAUUGACACGUUGCCACGCAGGUCUAGCAUCUAUUCUUUGACACAACUGGACGCCUUCGACAGUUUGUCGAGCUCUCCUCUUUCGAACCAGGACGAGAUAGACUGUGAAUCUGUACGAUACAGACGUAGCAGUGAAGGAGGAGAUCAUAGUUGGUCUCAUGCUGGUUCAACACUACCGAUAUGUCUCAACAACUUGAGAAACUUGGAGUCAACUAGCAAUCUACUUGAGCGAAUUCAAGGUAUAAAGGCUGAUUUGUUUACAAUGACAUCAUCGUACCGGCAUUUCAGUGAUGCAAGCAACUUUAGUAUCGGCAGCAGUUCCGUCAGCUCCUUUAUGGACAAACAAGACGUCACAAGGUGGUCUGAUGAUGUCGGUAAUCUCGAGCCAAAAGGCUUCGUACACGAAGAGAGCAGACAGCGAACAGGAAGUAGCAAUUAUCAAAUAAUUCAUGAGGCAAGAGACAAUGAAUGGAUCAAUAACAGCGACCAGUUCACAUUGCUACGUCCGGAUACACUCAGUCGUCAGUGGUGUACACGCAUCAGCAGUCAAAUACAGCAAGACACGAAUGAGAACGCCCGUCUCAGCACGAGUUUGUCCAACAUGUCGUUUGUAUCGACAUUGUCCAACUUGACGAUGCUUGACGAUGAAAAAGAGAUUGAGCAGCGUAAGUCACGAGAGAUCUAUGAGACUAUUGAAGCUAGUGACAGUCAAGUGGCACUACAGACACUACAGCAGCAGGUUGAGGAAAUGCCUAGCACGACGACUGUAACACCAUCAAUUCUUCUGAGACUAUUUGAUUGGAUCAACUAA